CCGGCAACGGUGCCCCUGUUGCUACUACUGGCAACGGCCUUGCCUUCUUUUUACCGCUAGCGAAGAAGGAGACUAAGGAGAGGUAAGUCUCGCACUCCCGUCUUCUUCCCUGACCUCUACUCGUUGUCCAAACUUUUACAUUCCAUCUUACUCGGCGGACUUGCUGAUAGUCACAGCAUGCCUGAUGAGGUGACCAUGAAUCAGAUGAUUACGGCCAUGGUCUAUGAAUUUGAACGCCUUAAUCUUCCCAUCCCCACUGGCCUCAUCUCUGGAAUUUCCCACCAGAAUCGCACAAAAGCUGCUAUUGAGCAUAACCUCAGGCCCUUUAGACGCGCUGCGGACAACCUCAAAAAGAUUCUGGCUCAAAACCCUGAUGCCUUCCCGGCCAAAAUUACUCAACGUAAGCGCAAAGCGCCCGUUGAGAAGCCUGCCGAAGCGGUUACCAAUGAGCAAGUAGCCAAGGCUGAGGAGCAAGUUGACGCUGAGGACGAGCUUGACACCGAGGAUGAGAUCCCGUUCCAGGCGCCGGUGGCCAAGAUGAUGAGGACUGCCGAGGGCAAGAAGGCUGUUUACUCUCACCCUCAAGCGGAGUAAGCAACCGUCCUACAGCUUCAUUUUCAGCCUCUCGCUUCCCUCUCGCGUCUGCAAUUUGUCGUUUGAGGAUUCCUGGGAUUGGACUGAACAUCUGGAGCACUGCCUUUUUUUACGAGAUCUGAUCAGGUGAUUUGACUUUUAAGCUCGAGAUUUUUUUCCUUUGUUAUUGAAACUUGCGUUGAUUGUAUUUAAGCCUAUUGUCAAGGCCGGAUUGUUAAAUGGGAACUCUC